GUUUUUCGAAAACUGAUCGAGAUAUUAUGGCCCAGUGCAUGCAGUGGCAGCAGUGUGCUAGUGCUGUGUGGGAUGUGUUUUUGUUUUACAUGACUGAUUGUAUUUCAAUAGACGCAGCAAAUACUCUAGUCUACAGGGAUUGCAUAGUCCUAUCAGUAUCAGUUACUAGUCACCUGUGACUGUGUUCGUGUAACACUGCUGGGCAAGGCAUUUCUAUUUUAGCCAGUUCUAUUGCAAACGCAGCUAGCAUGGGUGAACCCAGCAAGAAUUACCUUUCUGAAGCUGCACCUCCACCACCACCUCCUCCUGCACUCACAUCAUCUCUGCCACAGCCAGAGGGAGAGCAGUCUACGUCUGACCGAACCAAACUAAUAUUAGCUGCUCAACCUCUUGCAAUGAGCCAGGAUGAAUUGAUUUCUGAAGUGUUGGCAUCAGUGAAGAGGUCACUAGAAAGCAGGGAGAUUAAUACUACUCAGAGUGAAGCACUGACAUGGGUGAGUGUCUUCCACCCUGUGCAGUCCUUGCUUCAAGAUGGACCGAUGUGUGGUCUGGUCGCGUUGAGCAUGGCAGCAUCGAAGCUUGCACCGGCAUGGCUGAGUGAUGCAUCCUUAGAUAAUACAGAUGCACGCACCUUCGCGUUGCUAGCCUUUGCACGUGCCAGGCGAUUCAGUGAGCAUGGCGAGAUGCUGAGUGCGGAGUGGCUAGCCAGCUUGGCGAGAGAAUACUGCGGUCUCCAGGCGCAGUGCUGCCCGGCAGAUGUCCUCAGUGAUCCAGCCGGCCUUGUCAAGCAGCUGUGCGCUGGAAAGUUGCUGUUGGUGCCAUAUGACUGUUACCAUAACCACACACCAUUCCUGGCCACCGGUCACAAGGCACACUGGGCAUUGGUGACAGGUGUAUUGCAAGCUCAUUCUGUGGACUGUGCAAUGUGCAUGCGGCCAGCACAGCGCAGCAGCUGCUACAGCAAGGACAGCACUACUUCAGAUGCCGCAGCCAGACAUUGCGUAUUUGCUGAUGAAGACGCUUCAUCACCUGUGUGCAGUGCUGCUACCCUGGAAACCUUGCCCGCUUGCACGUGCACUGCUGGUGCCGCGAUCUCGCCCAAUCAAACGUACGUUCUUGCCCGUCAAGGGAAGUCUCGGUAUGUGGGUAUCUGGAAUUUGAUGGAGCUGUCGGCAAGCAAUGCUCAAUUGACGGACUUUGGUUCUCAUCCUUCUAAAGCUGGGCUCAACGGUACGCCCUUUAUAGAGCCAGAAGGUAGUAUCAGAGCCGGGCUGUGUAAUAAAGUUGUCUGGCUGUCCUCAAGCUAAAAAGGUACUGUGACUACGAGGAUAUUAGAUUGUUCAUAUAAUUUUAUAAGAAGAGAAAGCACCUACAAUUAACAUGUAUAAGGCCACGGACAUCGAGUAUCGAGUAGCAUGCAUAUUGUUUACACGGACAUCGAGUAGCAUGCAUAUUGUUUACACGGACAUCGAGUAGCAUGCAUAUUGUUUACACGGACAUCGAGUAGCAUGCAUAUUGUUUCACCCAUCACGAUAAGAUACAGAACCGAGCGUAGAUUCUACCUGACAAUAGCUGGCGUCAUUGAACCACUGCCGUAUACAGACAGCAUAAUAAUCAUCAUGACCUAACACAGGCGUAGUAGCUAAGUUUUCAGACAUAUUACUACAAUCACCACAAUGCAUGCUUUCCUCUGUAUAACAGGUGUGAUCUGAAAAGUUUUCGAAAAUAUAUCUUUACCAUAAAGCCUCGUUGGAAAUGCUUCUUACCAGAAGUCAUAAUGCUUUCCUAUUUCGAGCGAGGCCACAGGCAAACGUCCGUAUUAUGAAAGUGCUGACUUCACCCGACGUAUUGAAGGACCAUUGCCACAUCAAUAUUAUAGCUUAUAAUCUCAAACAUAACAGCUGCACUCAACCGGAUUACAUUACUAGCCAGUACAUGGUUUGUAUUCCCGUGCCAUUA